CCGCUAUCAAUUCAAUGCUUUGGUGCGGACUGGACACAGUGCCUGAGACGUUUACACAGGCACAUGUGAAAGUGGGAAAAUUUUGGAAAGUAGAGAGCAUCCAACAAAUUCUGAAGAAAAAUGUGGAGGAUCCCAGCGCUAUGGCUUCCGGUGCUUCUACUGGCCGUUGAGGUAUGCCACUGUGAAGAUGUGGGGACCAUGCUGGCAUCCGAGGAGGUGCCCAACAUCCCUUUGUCGACCACCGUGACCCGCAGCCAGAUCCUCUCAGCUCAGUUUGAGUGCUAUCUGAAGAUCAUCUAUGACCCACCACGCAAUGAAGCUGGCACAUUCUGUAACCGCACGUGGGACGGCUGGCUGUGUUGGGAUGACUCUGCCCCUGGCACGGCCAUGCAGCUCUGCCCUGUGUACUUCCAGGACUUUGACCCCUCGGAGAAAGCAACUAAAGUGUGCAACUCGGACGGACAGUGGUUUCGUCACCCUGAGAGCAACCGUAUUUGGUCCAAUUACACCCAGUGUCAGAUGUACACUAAGGACAAACUGACGUUUGCGUUUAGCUUGUACUACUUGGCCAUUGUGGGACAUGGAUUGUCUGUGGUAUCUCUCAUCAUCUCACUCUGCAUCUUCUCCUACUUCAAGAGUCUGAGCUGCCAGAGGAUCUCCCUCCAUAAGAACAUGUUUCUGUCCUUUAUCUUCAACUCCAUCUGCACCGUCAUCUGGCUCUCUGCUGUAGCCAACAACCAGCAGCUAGGGGCCAGCAACCCUAUUGGAUGCAAGAUCCUGACAGUCCUGAACCAGUAUACGUUUGGAUCCAACUACUUCUGGAUGCUGUGUGAGGGGAUCUACCUGCACACUCUCAUCAUCGUGGCUGUGUUUGUGGGAGAGCAGAAGCUGGGCUGGUACUAUGUCCUGGGUUGGGGCUUCCCCAUCAUUCCUGCCAUCACACAUGCUGUGGCACGUGGGCUCUUCUAUGAUGACAGAUGCUGGAUCAGUUCCGACACACACCUGCUCUACAUCAUCCAUGGGCCUGUCCAUGCUGCCCUGCUGGUGAACCUGUUCUUCCUGCUCAAUAUAGUGCGUGUGUUGAUCACCAAGCUGCAGGUGACCCACAGUGCAGAGUCUAAUGCCUAUAUGAAGGUGGUGAGAGCCACUCUCAUCCUGAUCCCUCUGCUGGGAGCCCAGUUCAUCCUGGUUCCCUGGAGGCCAGAGGGACGUAAGGCCAGGGCCAUCUACGAGUUCAUCAUGAACAUUUUUGCACAUUUCCAGGGACUCCUGGUCGCAAUUAUAUUCUGCUUUUACAAUGCAGAGGUGCAGGCAUGUCUUAGGAGGAAAUGGGCACAGACCAAGCUGGUGUGGAAAUGGACAGAUUCCUACUCCCACUACAACACCAACUCCUCUGGGACCGAGACGAGUCGCGCUACAGUCAGCCUGGAGCUCACCGCCCCUGAGGAGGACACCAUCAUUAAGCCAGGUGGCAGUGUGCACUACCGAGCCAAUGGACAGAGCAACGGCAAGCGCUGCACCAACGGGGAGAUGGACACGCCCAGGAUCCUGGAGACCACGGACAUCUGAUAGCACUGCACUGUCACUUCCCAUCACCUGAUGCUGUGACAAACAGGCUCGCGAAACUCACAGAUUGGCCACAGACAAUUGAUCAAUGCAGAAAAUGGGGGCCAUGACCUUUUGUGUCGUUGUAAAUGUUGGAUCACACACGUGGUGUCAUAAGGUGAAUGCACCAAUUUGUAAGUCGCUCUGGAUAAGAGCGUCUGCUAAAUGACUUAAAUGUAAAUGUAAUGUAAAUGGUAAGAAUAUACACACAAAUGUGUACAAGAUACACAUGCAAACACACAGACAAAAACCAAUAUACAGACAUCUGAUAAUGGAUGAGCAGCUUACAGGGUCCAGUUGAAACCACAGACAAUUAUUUGCAACCAGAUGUAUAUACAUUUCACUGUAGCUUUUCAUUGUUGCUGAUUUUGGUCUUAGGCACAAGAUAUUAUGGAACAAUCCCAGUGAUAAAAUGACCCAAUAAAGAGGGCUAUCUCUGGCAAUGUUUGAUAUUGGCCUUCAGUGCCGAUCAGUGUCUGCUGUAAUCAAUUCCUGUGGGCAUAUUGGACAGUAUAUACACUGGCAAGAAAGUAUGUGAACCCUUUGAAAAUACCUGGAUUUCUGCAUAAAUUGGUCAUAAAAUGAUCUGAUCUUCAUCUAGGUCACAGACAAAAGAGUCUGCUUAAAUGAAUAAAACAAACAAUUAUACGUUUAUCUUUAUUGAACACACCGUGUAAACAUUCACAGUGCAGGGUGGGAAAAGUAUGUGAACCCUUGGAUUUAAUAACUGGUUUACCCUCCUUUUGCAGCAAUAACCUCAACCAAAUGUUUUCUGUAGUUGCGGCUCAGAUCUGCACAACAGUCAGGAGGACCAUUCUUUACAAAACUGUUUCAGUUCAGCAAUAUUCUUGAUGUCUGGCGUGAACUGCUCGAGGUCAUGCCACAGCAUCUCAAUCGUGUUGAGGUCAGGACUUCUGUUGAAACCAUUCUAUUGUUGAUUUACUUCUGUUUUGGGUCAAUGUCCUGUUUCAUCACCCAACUUCUUCUGUUGAGCUUCAAUUGGGAGACAGCCUUACAUUCUCUGGCAAAAUGUCUUGAUAAACUUGGGAAUACAUUUUUCUGUCGACUAUAGCAAGCUGUCCAGGCCCUGAUGCAGCAAAGCAGCCCCAAACACGAUGCUCCCUCCACCAUACUUUACAGUUGAGAUGAAGUUGGUGUUGGUGUGCUGUGCCUUUUUUUCUCCACACAGUGUUGUGUGUUCCUUCCAAACAACUCAACUGUAGUUUCAUCUGUCCACGGAAUAUUCUGUCAGUAGCGCUGUGGAACAUCCAGGUGCACUUUUGCAAACUUCAGACUUGUAGCAAUGUUUUUUUGUACAGCAGGUGCUUCUUCCGUGGUGUCCUCCCAUGAACACCAUCCUUGUUUAGUGUUUUACGUAUCGUAGACUCUGUCAGAGAUGUUAGCGUGUUCCAGAGAUUUUUGUAAAUCUUUAGUUGACACUAGGAUUCUUCUUAACCUCAUUGAGCAUUCUGUGCUGUGCUCUUGCAGUCAUCUUUGCAGGAUGGCCACUCCUAGGGAGAGUAGCAACAGUUCUGAAAUGUGUCUUACUGAUGAACAUCAAGGCUUUUAGAGAUACUUUUGUAACCCUUUCCAGCUUUAUGCAAGUCAACAAUUCUUAAUCUUAGGUCUUCUGAGACCUCUUUUGUUCGAGGCAUGGUUCACAUCAGGCAAUACUUCUUGUGAAUAGCAAACUCAAAUGUGGAGGUUUUUUAUAGGGCAAGGCAGCACUAACCAACAUCUCCAAUCUCGUCUCAUUGAUUGAACCCCAGGUUAGCUGACUCCUGACUCCAAUUAGCUUUUGGAGAAGUCAUUAGCCGAGGGGUUCACAUACUUAAUCCAACCUACACUGAAUGUUUAAAUUAUGUAUUCAAUAUAGACAAGGACAAAUACAAUUUGUGUGUUAUUAGACACUAUGUAUGUCUAUUGUUAGGGUCACAUACUUUCUCUUGGCACUGUAAGUGUUGGUAUAUUAGGCAUUUCUGGUGUCGUUUAAUUAUUUUUUAUUACUGACACUGCUAAGGCUAUAUUGUAAAGGUUUGGAUCAGUAUUUUCUGUCACUUUAAUGAAGUUGAACUUAUUAUUUAAAUGUGUUACAUAAGCUUGCCUUUUUUAGAAACAUGAAAUGACUGCUUAACUUGGCAUAGUUCUGACUGCUGAAUGUUAAGUUCUCUGAGGCAAGUAAGAUGACCGUGUAUAAGGAAUACAACACAACGAGGAAAAGUGUGUGCUUUGAAUCCCUAAUGGUAGAACCUGUGAUGAGGGAAUGCCCUAUGUCUGACACAACACUUUUUAUCCAGUGUUACUUCCUUAUGCUUUAGCGAAUCUUGUAUAUUGAGUUGCUAUACACAAUCUUUGAAAAAUCAAAGAGGAUACAUGUAUUAUACCGCUGAGCUGCAGUUGAACUGUGCAUACUCUGUAUGUGUGUAGUGGGGAGAAUUUACUAUGCAGUGUAUGAAAAACAUUCCACUUUAACUUCCAAAUAAAUUGUGUUCUAAGUGUAAAAAAAUAAUUUAAUAAACAUUUAUCAUUUUGGUUUGUG